AUGGGCAUUCUCAAUGCUCGCGUGAUCCGCCAACUGGGGACUCGCAAGUCAGCCCUACUGGGUAUUUUCAUGCUUGGACUUGGAGAGAUUCUGAGUGGUUUCGCCGUGAAAGAAAUCGGGGGACUGUUCGUCACAGCUGGUGUUGUCAUGGGCGGAUCUCCUAUUGCGGGAUAUAUUCUCGAUGCGAGUGGGGGUGAAGAAGGCGGGAUUAAGGCGUAUCGGCCGGCGAUCUUGUAUGCGGGGGUUAUGGCGUUGGGGGCGGCGGUGUUGGCCGUGGGUAUUCGGGUGAAGACGGAUAGGAGGUUGUUGAAGAGGGUGUAA